ACCCAAUCAGAAAGCUCUCCCUCUUUGAAACCCCGCCCGCUGGGCCGGCUUUUCUCGGGACCACGGUGCACUAGGCGGUCGCGGCGGUUGACGCCAUCCGGCCGCGCCGCGAGAAGGUCACACGGGAUCUUCCAACAUGGCGGCGGCGGCGCUGCGGGGUGGCUGGUGCCGCUGUCCGCGGAGAUGCCUUGGCAGUGGAGUCCAGUUUCUUUCCAGCCACAAUCUACCCCAUGGUUCAGCCUACCAGAUAUGCCGGCCAGGUGGAGAGCUGCCACUGUCCAAAUCAUAUUCCUCUGGAAACAGAAAGGGUUUUCUGUCUGGCUUGGUAGAUAACAUCAAACAAGAAUUGGCCAAAAACAAAGAGAUGAAAGAAAGUAUAAAAAAAUUCCGGGAUGAAGCCAAGAAGCUGGAAGAGUCUGAUGCGCUCCAGGAAGCCAGAAGGAAAUAUAAAACCAUCGAGUCGGAGACUGUGCGAACCAGCGAGGCGAUAAAAAAGAAGCUGGGGGAGCUGACGGGGACAGUGAAGGAGAGUCUUGACGAAGUCAGCAAGAGUGACCUUGGCCGAAAGAUCAAGGAGGGGAUGGAAGAAGCUGCCAAGACAGCCAAGCAGUCUGCCGAGACUGUGUCCAAGGGAGGGGAGAAGCUGGGCAAGACGGCGGCCUUCAAGGCCCUCUCCCAGGGGGUAGAGUCUGUGAAGAAGGAGAUCGACCAGAGUGUUCUGGGGCAGACUGGGCCUUACCGCAGGCCUGAACGGCUGAGGAAAAGGACGGAGUUUUCAGGAGAGAAGUUCAAAGAAGAGAAAGUCUUUGAGCCCAACGAGGAGGCUCUGGGAGUCGUGCUGCACAAGGACUCCAAGUGGUACCAGCAGUGGAAGGACUUCAAAGACAACAACGUGGUAUUCAAUCGGUUCUUUGAGAUGAAGAUGAAGUAUGAUGAGAGUGACAACGUGCUCAUCCGAGCAUCCCGGGCCCUGACCGAUAGGGUCACUGACCUGCUGGGAGGCCUGUUCUCCAAGACGGAGAUGUCAGAGGUGCUCACUGAGAUCCUGCGGGUGGACCCGGCCUUCGACAAGGACCGGUUUCUGAAGCAGUGCGAGAAUGACAUCAUCCCCAACGUCCUGGAGGCCAUGAUUUCUGGAGAGCUCGACAUUCUCAAAGAUUGGUGCUAUGAAGCUACCUACAGUCAGCUGGCCCACCCGAUCCAGCAGGCCAAGGCCCUGGGCCUCCAGUUCCACUCACGCGUCCUAGACAUUGACAACAUUGACCUGGCCAUGGGCAAGAUGAUGGAGCAGGGUCCCGUGCUGAUCAUCACCUUCCAGGCCCAGCUGGUGAUGGUGAUCAGAAAUCCCAAAGGCGAGGUGGUUGAGGGUGACCCGGACAAGGUGCUGCGCAUGCUGUACAUGUGGGCCCUCUGCCGAGAUCAGGAUGAGCUCAACCCCUACGCAGCCUGGCGACUCCUGGACAUCUCUGCCUCCGGCUCAGAGCAGAUCCUCUGAGCAAGGCAGCAGUGACCAGGGAGCUCUGCGGCUGGAUCAUGUGGGUCACAUAUACAGGGGCAUCACCCCUGGCAACUAUAGACCUCUGGGGACAGUACUCUGGUCUAUGCCUGGAGCUCAGACAGAGAGUUAGAGAACCAGCUGGACAAGGAAGGGGUUGCAGGUGCCACGUGUCUGGUGGCUGGAGAUGUGCCCCACAGCACCAGACUGGAGCUGCUGACAGCGGGUCACCAUGGGUGUACCAGCCACACAGUGCCAACAGGCUCUCAGGAGGGGAACUCCCCCUGGGGACAGGGUGGUGGGGCAAAGGCUGCAGCUCCCAGGGGCCUGCUGGCCACACCAGCCAGGCCAUUUUAGGUCUGUCUUUAUCAGUGCUCUUAUUUCCUGUACAUAAGCCUGAGGUUUGGAAAUAAUAAAACACCAAAGUGCAGAAGA